CGCAGAGAGGUUCACUGCUGAUCACAGAGCAGGCACCCAUAUGGGACAAGAAAAAGAAUUAUCAGAAGCAGUACAACUUGGGAAGAGUCAACACUAAGAUUUUCUAAUGAUUCCUAAUUAUUUUUACAUUUUUUUUCUUUUGGCAGGACAAAAAGAUCAAUGAUUGUCUGUUGCUCCCAGAUUUUGGCCCAAACACUUUCUUUUUUUGUUUUCUUGAUCAGAAGAGGAAGCAAACAAUUCACCCACAUGCACUAUUGCACUUUAAUGCUCAGGUAUAAUUCCUGAGUCUGAAGCUGCCUGAAAGGAGCUCUCAUUGGGGCUCUGGAAAGAAAAGUUUCCAGCUGCAGCAAAAUUUAUUUAACCCUGUACCAAAGGAGGAAAAAUAUCCUGCAAAGAACUAAACGGAUGAUAAUGCAAAAGUAUGUUUAAAGGUCUUGCCACUUGGAAAAGAAAGGAGACAUAAGGAGGAGAGAAGAAGCCACAAAGAAACAGAGGAGCAGCAUGGGGAACUUUUGCCGGAAACAUUGCACUUGGAUGCAGCGGUGUGCCCCUUGGCUCUUCCAAGAGAGUGAUGGCGGACAGGGAGAGAGAUAUAAGACGGGGAUGGGCCAAGAUAAUCUGGGCUGGUCGGGAGAUGACUGCCAGACAGAGAAUACUUCUCAGAUAACAACAAAGAAAGAUGUGACUAGAAUUCCUUUGCCCAAGCCCAAGAACCACCACAAGUUUGUAGCACUUUUUGAUUAUCAGGGCCGCACUAAGGAGGACCUGAGCUUCCGAGCUGGAGAUAAACUCGAGGUGCUGGAUACAUCUCCGGAGGGCUGGUGGUAUGCUAGCCUCCUCCUGGACAGUGGAUCAACACAGCCUGGACAGAAGCUCCGUGGCUACAUCCCUGCCAACUAUGUAGCUCCUGAUCAGAGCGUUGAGGCUGAACCAUGGUUUUUUGGACCAGUCUCACGAGCAGAUGCAGAGAAACAACUGUUGUGCCCUGAAAAUCAGGAAGGAGCUUUCCUAAUCCGAGAAAGUGAAAGUAAAAAAAGCCAAUUCUCCCUUUCAGUCUUUGAUGGAGCAGUUGUGAAACACUACAGGAUCCAACAGGAGGCUGGAGAAGGCUUUUUUCUUAGCAAAAAGAAUACUUUUAAAACAUUGAAUGCUUUUGUUGACCACUACACCAUUAACAGCGAUGGCCUCUGUGUAAAGCUCAGGAAGCCCUGUAUAAAGAAGAAAGUUCCUGCUCCUUUCGAUUUGUCAUACAAAACUGCAGACCAGUGGGAGAUAGACCGAAAUUCUCUGAAACUGUUGAAAAAAUUAGGUUCUGGUCAAUUUGGUGAGGUGUGGGAAGGUCUCUGGACUAAUACCACGCCAGUGGCAAUCAAAACAUUAAAACCAGGUUCAAUGGAUCCAAAGGACUUCCUGAGGGAGGCACAAAUAAUGAAGAACCUUAGACAUCCAAAGCUUAUUCAGCUCUAUGCGGUUUGCACUUUAGAGGAUCCAAUUUAUAUUAUUACUGAGCUGAUGAGACAUGGAAGUCUGCUAGAAUACCUCCAAAAUGAUGCAGGUUCACAAGUCCAUCUGCCUGAACAAAUAGACAUGGCAGCUCAGGUUGCCUCAGGUAUGGCUUACUUGGAAUCCCAGAACUAUAUCCACCGGGAUUUGGCGGCCAGGAAUGUCCUUGUGGGCGAACACAAUGUUUACAAAGUGGCAGAUUUUGGACUUGCAAGAGUUUUUAAGUUAGAAAAUGAAAAUGUAUAUGAAGCUAAACAUGAAACGAAACUCCCUGUGAAAUGGACAGCCCCUGAAGCGAUCCGCUGCAAUAAAUUCAGCAUUAAGUCUGAUGUGUGGUCAUUUGGAAUACUUCUUUUUGAAAUAAUCACCUAUGGGAAGAUGCCUUAUUCUGGUAUGAUGGGCUACCAAGUAAUCCAGAAGCUGGAUAAAGGAUACAGAAUCCCUCAACCAGCUAACUGCCCAGAUAAGCUCUACAACAUUAUGCUGGAGUGCUGGAAUGCGGAGCCCAAAGAACGGCCCACUUUUGAAACAUUGCACUGGAAACUGGAAGAUUAUGAUAUGGACUCUACAUCCUAUAUUGAUGCAAAUGCUUUUGUAAAUUGAGUGUUGUGGCAGAGACUGAAGAAAAUCAAAUGAUCAGUUAAAUAAAUAUGGUAUAAAGGGUAACCGUGAAAUAAAUUUCACCUCAAAAUAUGGGGGAGGAGAUGUUUAAAUUAUUAGAUGAAACUAAGGAAUUUUAUAAAUUGCCAAGGCUAUGGUGAUGCUCCAGGACACUAGAAAUUUGAAUGUCAGCCAUUGUCUUUCAAAAUUAAGAAAACUGAAAUGAGGGGGCUUUAUUGUUUUUUUUUUUUUUUUUUGUAAAAUAAGCUCUCUUCUAUUUAUUAUUUAAAUAAUAGACCAAAUGAAUGAACAGAUGAGAUUGUUGUUCAAUAAGCACUGUUGCAUUUCACGGUUUAGCUACUGGAAUGGUUAUUUCUUAUUCCUUAGAUUGCUGAAGCUCAUCAGCUUGUUGCUAUGAAGGAAUCUGAUUACUUUGUUGCACAGCAGGACCUGUGCUUUGAGCCUUUUCUUUUCUUUUUAAAAUAUCCUGUGACUAUAAUGCUGGCAAAGCCAUAUUAGAUGUCUUGAUUGUACAUGGAGUGCACAUGCCUUUGCUAAAGAGGAAAAUGAAACAGAUAUUGGGAAAAGAAUUAAAAUAGCAGCAAAACACAAACUUUUUGCUUUGUAUGUGCAGUGUCCAUCUUAUGAAAUAAUCACAAUUAGCAUUAGUUAACUAAGUUUAAGACACUGAUGAUUUUUUAAAUUAUCCACUGAGGUGCAUAGGAACAUUUUAUAAUCCAUUAAUUUUAAGAAUCAUGAAGCUGAAGAAGUGGGCUGUAGUCCACGAAAGCUUAUGCUCUAAUAAAUUUGUUAGUCUCUAAGGUGUCACAAGUACUCCUGUUCUUUUUGCGGAUACAGACUAACACGGCUGCUACUCUGAAACCUGUCAUGAAGCUGAAAAGAUUUUUCAUAAUGAAAUAGACAUGGCCUUAAUAUUUUGGAGUGAUUCUGCAAAAUUCCCAACCUCAGCUGACGCAUUUGACAGCACUGUGCCUAGGACCAUACAUAGACUCAGCAAAUUGCUUCUUUCCCCCCUUCUCUCUGUUCCAAAUGGAUCUGAUUUAUUUUAUAUAGCAUAGGAUGACAUUAGGGGAAGAAGGAGAAGUAGAGCUCUGCUGAUUAUACGCGGGUCUGAGCAUUGUUAGCAACAUUUAAAAUUUUUCCAAUUCUAGGUAAAUUAGCCAGGGGUAGGGCUUCUGCUAAAUCCCGAGACCUUGAAGGCUUUUGUGUGCAGCAUAAUGGUGAACUAUAUUUUCCCCUUCAUUUUCAGUCAUUGAACAAUAGAAUCCAUUGUAGUCUGUAAUAUUAAUACAACACAUACUAUAGGCUCAAAAUAAGUAUCUAACCACUAUCUCCCAGUAUCAGAGAUACAAGGUAUCUGCCAGGAAAAUCCUAAAAUAGAUAUAAAUAAAUGAAAAGAUUCACUAACCUAAAAUGUGUAUGUCUUUCAUUGCUUAUUCUCGCUGCCAUUUCCUUAUUCUCUUCUCCUUCCACAUCAAGCCUAUUUACUCCAUUUCAAUACCUCCCAUUUCCCCCACUCAUUUGUAAUCUAUUUUUAAUCUCCUCUUUUCUUUGUCUCAUCUCUUCUUUUCUUGGAAGGAAGAAAAGGUUCAAUGACUUGGCCAAAGGCACAGUGGAAGUCAGUGUUGGGCACUGGGAUGAAAUGCAGUAUAGCCUCAUGAUGAUGAGCCACCCCCCUCUUUGUAACAGGAGCUCACACUGACUACUCAGCAGUGAAACAAGCUCAGCUACUGAUUAGUGACCAGCAACCAGAUGGAACUUGUGAUGACCAUAGCACCAUCAGCCCAGGAGGCAGUCCCCUACUCAUAAAUUCAAGUCCAGGAUCCUUACAACCCUGGGUUUAACAGGUACCAUGCACAACUUGACUUUUGAUAGCCUAUUGUUUUUCAGGGGGAAAAAAUCACUGCAAAUUUUCAAUCCAGACGAGGAGGUUGCAUUUCGGGGAUGAUUGUGACACUGGAAUAGGUUAGAAACAUUUUAAUUAAAAACUGAUUUCACCCUUGACACUUAUGGAGUUGUAAAAUUCAGAAGGGUCCUUGGCUUUGGGCUUCAGUGGCCACAUAGUUUGAGGGUCUUAACUCCUAAGGACAUUCAUGUCAUCAAGAACAGAUCAAAGGGGACAUUUAAGACUUGUUGGAAUCUUAGUUAUAGAAAGCACCUAUAUUAGAUAAACUUUACAGCUGAUGAUAUAAAGGUUACAAGAGUCCUAUAGCACGGGAGCUGUUGCAUCAAGCUCCCUUCAGAGAAGAAAACCUAACACAAAGAAUUAAUUGUCAUAAUUAAAAGUUACAUCAAAAGGCCCCAAAUCCUCUGUGCUAGACAGUAUAGUUGGGUUGAAAUGGACAAAUUCCCAUACUAUCCUUAAACACCUCAAUGAAUGACCCAGUAUGUCUGGAAAAAGCUCAUAUAUGUAGGAAACAUGUUCCUAGAUCAACACAGGACCAAGAGCUCAUAAACUUGUAAUUUCCGUCCUCUUCCCUCAAAUAUGCACUGCUGUAUAAUUACACUCUACAUAGAUUUUUUUAUUUGUGAAAUUUCUAUCAAAAACAGUAAAAAUCAAUAUUUUUCUAUGAUUUUAUUUAACUUAGUUUAAGUACACUGUAGGCCUGAGGUGUGCGUAGGUGCCUAAAGCUUACAGUUAGUACAGGAAUUUGUGAGUUUCAUCCCCAACUGUACUGACUGGCAUAGAGGAUUUUGAAGGUGCUGGGAUAUAGUGUAAUAAGCUAGAAAAAGCAAAACUGUGGCCACUUCAAUACAUAGCAACUCUUCCUCCUGAGGUGGGAGGGGUAGCAGUAUGGGGACUGUACUGCAUUUUUGAAGAGAUGGUGCUCCUGCCCAGGGCUGGAUCCAGG